CGACAAGAAGCUUCGUUUUUCUCGCAAUCAGAUCGUUAACUGCGAUACCAAAGUCCUUCGUUUUCCACCCUUUUCUCUUCCAGAAAUUCAACGAUGGCUUCUGCUACAAUUGCGCUCUCAGCUGCGACAUCCACCUUCUUUGCAACCAGAAGAAGAUUCAAUCUCUGUUCAUCUUCUUCAACCUCAAGGAGCCCUUCGAUCUUCCUUCAUUCCCCCACAAAACCCUCCCACCCAUCAAAAAUCCUACCUUUCGGACCAAAGCUUGCUUCUUUCAACCACUCUCUCGUCUCCUCCUUUCGAUCUGUUGUCUGCAAUGGUUCUUCGACGACAUGCUCGUGUGAAGCUGCUGCAGAAGAAUCGAAGCGGUCCGGGCUUCGAAGGCUUCUCCUGAUCGCGGUGGUCUGGAAAGCUCUCGCCUUUGCUUGUUGCGGCGCUUCUCUGGCCGCCGCCGCCACCGCCGCCGACUCCAUAAGAGCAUCCGGUUUCGGGUUACAGGUGGCGACUGCGCUGAGACGACUAGGUUGGGCCGAUGAACUCGUCGUCUUCGUUCUCGCGACUCUCCCAGUUCUAGAGCUCCGCGGCGCCAUCCCGGUCGGAUACUGGAUGCAGAUCCAUCCCCUCGCUAUCACAGUUCUAGCCGUUCUAGGAAACAUGGUCCCCGUGCCAUUCCUCAUCCUCUACUUGAAAAAGUUCGCAUCUUUCGUCUCCCAGAAGAGCGAUGCAGCAACCCGGCUUGUUAACCUUCUGUUCGAGAGAGCCAAGGAGAAGGCAGCGCCGGUGGAGGAGUUCCAAUGGCUGGGUCUGAUGCUGUUCGUUGCGGUGCCAUUUCCGGGCACCGGAGCUUGGACGGGAGCCAUGGUCGCGGCGAUCCUCGACAUGCCGUUCUGGUCGGCGUUCUCUGCCAAUCUUGUCGGCGUGGUUCUUGCUGGAUUGCUGGUUAAUCUGCUGGUGAAUCUCGGAUUGAAGUACGCCAUCUUGACUGGUUUUCUCCUGUUUUUUGCAUCCACUGCCAUGUGGUCUGUCCUGCGAUCGAUUAAGAAAUCGAUCGAUGCAAACUGAUGCAUGUCUAAUUCUUCGCAGCAUUACAUGUUCUUCGAAUCCUUUCACAGUAUUAUUAUUUUGUUUUGAUCA